AUGGGUGGAAAAUUAGCUCGUAGUGAUUUUCACUGGGUGUAUACAGAUGAGCCACAUACAACCAGACGAAAAGAAAUGCUUGUAAAAUAUCCUCAAAUAAAAAAAUUAAUGGGUCAUGAUUCACGUGUGGCUAUACAAGUUGUCAUAACAGUUCUCAUACAAAUUAUCAUAGCUAUUUUGCUUCGUGAUGCAUCGUGGAAAUUUCUGUGGCUUGCUACAUACGUCAUUAGUGGAACAUUAAAUCAUUCUCUAUCAAUCAGUUUUCAUGAAAUUGGUCAUAACUUAGCGUUCGGUAAUCACCGACCAAUGGCUAAUCGUAUACUAGGAUACAUAGCAAAUUUACCCUUAAUGAUUCCAUCAUCAGUCACAUUUAAAAAAUAUCAUAUCGAUCAUCACAAAUUUCAAGGAGACGAUACUCUUGAUCCUGAUUUGCCCACGUAUUUUGAAGCCUGGCUGUUUCAGAGUCGAAUUGGAAAAGUUUUUUACAUAAUGUUACAACCGGUUUUAUAUAGUGUUCGUCCGUUGUGUCGUGUGCCAAAACCAGUGAAUUUCUUAGAAUUUAUGAAUUUAUUAAUACAAGUUGCAUUUGAUCUGUUAAUACUUUAUUUUCUUGGUAUAAAAUCAUUUAUUUAUCUGCUAUUUGGAACAGCUCUUGGACUAGGAUUACAUCCGAUUAGUGGUCAUUUUAUUUCUGAGCAUUAUAUAUUUGUGGAAGGAUAUGAGACAUAUUCUUAUUAUGGACCAUUGAAUUGGUUAACAUUCAAUGUUGGAUAUCACAAUGAACAUCAUGAUUUUCCUAAUGUACCGGGUUAUUUAUUACCAAAGUUAAAAGAAAUAGCACCAGAUUAUUAUGAUAAUCGUCCUUGUCAUUACUCAUGGGUAAAAGUUCUUAUUGACUUCGUGCUCGAUUCAAAAAUGGGUCCAAAAGCGAGAAUUCGACGAACACUGAAAUCAGACGCAUUACAUAGUACAGAAAAAACAACAGAUUUAAGAAACAAAUCCAAAGUGAAUAAAAUAUUACAUGAAGUGGAUAGUAACAAUAACAAUGCUUUUCCUAAUACUCAACAAACAACAUCUACAAAAGGCAACAAAUCAUCGCAUAAAAAAAAAAAUGGUUAUCAACAAAAAACAGUUUCAUCGCCCGUUGAUCUUAUUGAUCAUUCAAAAAUGAAUUGA